AUUUUCCCCAUCUCUCUCUCUUACAUCCUGUGGUUGCACCAUUGGGUAGCUUAGCACCUUCUGGCACCUCGCUCUCCCUUACCUUUGCCCUACACAUCAUCAGCAACAAUGGGUUUCCAGAAUGUCCCCGCAUGGCUGGAUGCACUCUACACUCAGAAGUUCUUCGCGGCAUGCUCGUACCAUGAGAACGCAAAGAAGAAUGAGAAGAACGUAUGCUGCUUGGAUUGCUGCAUCAGUAUCUGCCCCCACUGCAUCAUCAACCACCGGUUCCACCGUCUUCUCCAAAUCCGGCGUUACGUGUACCACGAUGUCGUCCGGCUCGAAGAUCUCCAGAAGCUCAUCGACUGCUCCAACGUUCAGGCAUACACGAUUAACAGUGCGAAGGUGGUGUUCAUCAAGAAGCGACCGCAGAACAGACAAUUCAAAGGGUCAGGGAACUAUUGCACUUCAUGUGAUAGAAGCCUCCAAGAACCCUUCAUUCAUUGCUCCUUAGGCUGUAAGGUGGACUAUGUGCUGAAGUACAAGAAGGAUCUUUCCCCAUACUUGAGGACUUGCACAACCCUACAACUUGGGCCCGAUUUCCUUUUCCCACAAGACAUGUACUUUGGUGACGAAGAGACGACCCCACACUCGACGGUCGUGGAUUCUGACGAGCAGAUGAUGAGCUGCUCAUCAGGAUCAUCCGGGUCAGAGAUCCACAACGCAAUCGGGAACAUUGGGAAUUUCGUUAGGAAGAAGCGGAGCGGCCUGUAUGUGUGCGCAAGGUCGGCUAGCAAGGUGUCCGACGAGGACGACAUGGCCACAAGCUAUAUGAGUAGAAGGAAAGGAAUUCCUCAUAGAUCACCACUUUGUUAAAUUUUAGCCAAAAUAGCCAAAAAAAAAAAAAAGAAUGAAGAAGAAGAAGAGAAGAAGAAGAAGAAGAAUAAUACCAUCAAUUUCUAAUUUUCAUUUAAAAUUCAAUUCUAAAUUUGGUACUUUGACUGAUUA